AUGUCUUACAAAUGUGAAAACGAUAUAACAAAAACAUCUAUGAUGGGAACUUAUCUCGUUCAAAUAGAUCCUGGCUGCGAGAUUCUACUUAAUGAUCUUCAUUUAUAUUAUCUUCAACACACAUUGGAAAAAUUUGAAUACAAGGUGACACCUAUUAUUAAUUUACCUCAGCCAAAGAAGGAACUCCCUAUUCCUGUCGAUCCGAUUGAUAUUAAGGGAAUUAAUUUGGAUGACAUAAAGUAUCUAUCUGCGGCCUUAAAAAUGAAAAGUUCAAGAAAAGUUACUAACGAGUCUAUUCCUUUGUUACAGCUUUCGGAGCUCGAACAGCGAGUUCUGGAAGCCGAAGGGAGAGCGGAAGAAGCGGAAGAUAAGGUCCGCGCCAUGGAGCAGCGGCUGUGCGAGUGGCCAGCUGGCGCUGAAGGAGCGCCGAAAGCCAUCUCGCGACUUGAAGGCCAAAUAGAAGAACAGAAGCAGCUGCGACUCCAAGACGCGAAACAGGUUGAGGCAAAGGCCGCACGCAUCAAGGAAUGGGUUACGAACAAACUCAGAGAACUUGAGCAACAGAACCAAUUAUUGAGGGAACAGAACGACCGCUGUAACCAGCAGUUAGAGCUACUUAGAAACCAUAUUGCCACACAGGGGAGCAGAAAUUGUGCUGUAAGUCAGUUUCUGCCAUCUCGGGGAAGCUUAUCCUUAGAAGUGAGGACGGAAGACGGUACCCGUGCCUCAACAAGCCUGUUGGCUAAUAGCCGACGACGCUCUGAGAGCCUUGAGGGUCACCAGCUCCCUAUAACGUCGUCGGAACCACAUUACAGUACUCCAGUGCGACACAGGCGGAAUCUAUCGAUUGGCACCACAAACUUGACUCAAACAAACGCCAAUAGCCAAUUGAACACUAUGAACCGGACCAUGGAUGAAAGGACCACUGCUAGUUUACUAGCUGAUGACCUCGCGGCUGCGGUAGAAAAUUUAGUGGUGCUACCGACAACUCCAAAUACUUCCACAGACGGUGACACGACACAUGACUAUGCUGAAAUUUACACACCUAGCAGAGAGCGGACCCCGGCGUGGCAGGGUGUACACGUGGUGGUCCAGGGUACGAGCCGUGGCUCCUCCACUGGAGACAGCUGUGCUUCCGAGCAGCCUCGGCCCCCCACGCCUCCCCUCCACCGCUUCCCUUCCUGGGAGGCCAAGAUCUACCAGGUGGCCGAUGAUGGAUUACAACAGUCAGUAGAAGAGGAACUCAGUCCACCGCCCUGUCCUCGAACUAUGCACGAGUCUACAAGUUACCAAGACAUCUCGGUUCCAGUAUAUGCGACUGUUAAAGGGCGUGCCAGUCAAAUCCGAUCGAUGCCAUUCACGGGUGAUUCAUCAGACGAUUCAUCAGACGGUGAAGAAUCAAUGGGCGUCACAGCCCAUAAUACACCUCACCACAAUCCUUUAUAUGGUCAAUCUUCAAACAUGCCAAUGCCAAUCAACAACAUAAACUUAACAAGCAUCUUACCCGCCUCAAUACAACAGACCUCCGGAACUCACGGGCUAGUACUGAACAAUACAAACGGACAGUGUAGUUCCUCAGAUACAAGUUUAAGUGCGAGCAGUCCAUCGAAAAGUGUUAAAACGAGUUCGAGUCUAAGUCCAGCGAAGAGGUCCAGUAGUGGGUCUCCGAGUAAACAGAGUAAAACUAGGGACACGUCGUUCGAGUCGGGCGUGUCGGACGACUACGCGGUGCCGCCGGACGCGUGGGGCGAGGGCGCGCGCGACUCGCCGCGCCGCGAGCCGCUGGAGAAGAGCGGCCACCUGGCCAAGCUGGGCGGCAAGCUCAAGACCUGGCGCAAGCGCUGGUUCGUUCUCAAAAACGGUACACUAUCGUAUUGGAAGUCUCAAUCUGAAGUUAACAGAAAGCCACAAGGUCAGAUCGGUUUGGGCGAAGCUUGCAAGAUAUCUCGAAAUGAAGGCGCCGCUACUUUUGAAAUCUUUACCGGCAGUCGAACCUAUUACUUGACGGCUGACAGCAUCGCGACUAUGGAGGAUUGGAUACGAGUUUUGCAAAAUGUCCAAAGGCGAAACGCAACAAAACUUCUUUUAAGCAAGGAAGACAACAAACCAACAAUUCAAGGCUGGCUCACCAAAGUAAAGAAUGGUCACGCGAAGAAAAGCUGGUGCGUGUUACUGGGCAAAAUGUUCCUGUAUUUCAAGAGCCCAGGCGAUCAGAAUCCUACUGGACAGAUCAACAUGCGGGACGCCCGUGUCGAGGAUGUGGAGCACGUGUCAGACUCUGAUUCAGAGGAGAAGGCGGACGACGGCCGCAACCUCACCGUGGCUAUCUACCCGCAGCACCAGGUGACCGGGGGUCCAACUUACCUCCUGUUCGAGUGCAAAGCGGACAAAGACUCGUGGUUGUACCACCUGACGGUGGUGAGCGGAGGUGGCCUCAGUCAGGGGACACAUUUCGAACAACUCGUGCAAAAACUCAUGGAGACCGAUGGUGAUCCUAAUUGUGUUCUUUGGAGGCAUCCAACCUUAUUAUACUCUAAGGAAAACAUAACAUCGCCACUGACCUCUCUAAAUUCCGAAGCCCUACAAGCAGAAGCUAUAAAAUUAUUUAAAUGCGUGCAGCUGUUCAUGUCGGUGGCGGUCGAGCACGCCGGCAUCGAUUACCACGUGGUGCUGGCGCAGAACGCGCUGCAGCAGUGCCUGGAGGUGGGCGAGCUGCAGGACGAGCUGGUGUCGGCGCUGUGCAAGCAGAGCUCGCCGCACGCGCCCUCCAAGCACGCCGUGCAGCAACUGCUACUGUGCGCGACCCAGUCGUUGUUCACUUGCGACACGGGCGCGUCCUCAGUCGGCGGCGACAACAAGAGCGACGUCCCGCAGAACUCUGCAGGAUCGCCUAGCUCGAUACAGGCCCCGUUGCUCUCAGUGGACUGUAAAAGCAACCCGCCUACCUAUAGCUUUGUUCAGGGCUGGCAACUAUUAGCACUAGCGGUCAGUUUAUUUGUACCAAGGAACAAUAGAUUAUUGUGGUAUUUGAAGCUACAUCUUAGUAGGCACGCUGACACCAAAACGGAAUGUGGUAAAUACGCAGCAUAUUGUUCGCGCGCCUUAGAACGAACUCUACGUAAUGGCGGGCGGACGGACAGGCCUUCCAGAAUGGAGGUGUUGUCUAUAUUACUAAAGAAUCCCUACCACCACUGUCUCCCACAUGCAAUUCCUGUGCACGUACUCAAUAAUACAUACCAGGUGGUAAGUUUUGAUGGAUCAACAACUGUGGAAGAGUUUCUAUCGACCUUGAGCACGGAACUCGGAUGCAGGGAACCAACCGCAUCAGGGUUCGCCCUGUUCAGUGACGACCCUAUUGAGAAGGACUUGGAACAUCAUAUCAAACCGGACAAGAAGUUAUGCGAUGUUAUAUCAAAAUGGGAAACGGCGUUACGGGAAAAAGGAUCUGGAAAGUUCGAAAAUUCAAGAGUAAUCAGGCUGACGUUUCGAAAUCGAUUGUACUUCAAGAGUUCGGUGAGAACAGAAACCGACAAGGAGAGGUUGCUUCUCUGCUAUCAAGUUAAUCAACAAGUCGUGGCCGGGCGGUUCCCCGUGACGCGCGAGCUGGCCGCGGAGCUGGGCGCGCUGAUGGCUCAGCUGGACGCGGGCGACCACUGCGCCGCCAGCGCGCAGCACCACCAGGCGCUCGCGCAGCGCUUCUACCCCUACCGCUACCGCGCCGGCCUCUCCUCCGACGAGCUCAGAGAUCUCGAAGAAAAGCUCAGAUCAAAGUGGAUUGCACUUAAAGGUCGUAGUACGGCAGAUUGUGUGAGAAUUUAUCUCAACUGUACGAGGAAGUGGCCGUUCUUCGGCGCAACAUUGUUCCAAGCUAGAAUAAAACAACCAGAUUUAUCGAUGGCGUGGCUCGCUGUGUCUGAGGAAGGAGUCACAGUGCUAGAGCUGGCGUCUAUGGCGGUCAUAGGGAGAUACGCACUAAAUUCUAUCGGCUUGUUCGGUGGAUUACAGGAUGAUCUUAUGAUGUUAAUUGAUGCGGAAGAUGCUUCUAGUCCAGUUCAUAAGAUGUUAAUUAGUCUCAAUAAACCAAAGAUGGCGGAGCUCACGCAUCUGAUCGCGGACUACAAGAACGCUCUGCAGCGCGGCGGCGCCGGCACGCCCGCGCUCAGCUCGCUCACGCGCCACGGCUCGCACCGCUCCGCGCGCCGCACGCCCUCCACGCUGCCCGCGCCCGCGCCGCCCGACCUGCUGCGCGCCACGCCCGACCACCGCCGCGCGCACUCGGGCCACGCCACCAAGUGA